UGUGUGUGAUAAAAGUGUCUGUGAUAACGUGCAUAUCAUCAUCCUAAAACGCGUGAUGUGCUCGUGAGCGAUUAUUACAAUCAUCGAAUUAAUUUAUGUAUAAAAAAACUGUGUAAACAAUUUUAUUUCGAUUGACGUUGUCGCCAAAAAUGUCGAGUACUUGCUACUACUGUUGUCAAUACUAGUGAUCUAAAGAUAGUCGAUUAGUUAGUUCUGAGUUCUAUAAAGAUAUUGAGUGAGAAUGAUGCUGUUCAGAAGCGAAUCCCUAACACCGCCGUCCUCAAGUCCUGACAUUCAGGCUGACAUCAGAGUUCCGCCGAUACAGUUGGAUCACUUGCCGGACGUUUUCUUAUCGAGUAUUCCGAAAUGCGGGGGCUGCCAUGAAUUAAUAUUGGACAGAUUCAUAUUAAAAGUAUUAGAAAGAACUUGGCAUGCAAAGUGUUUGCAAUGCAGCGAAUGUGGUGCCCAACUCGCAGACAAAUGCUUUGCGAGGAACGGGCAACUCUACUGCAAGGAAGAUUUCUUUAAGCGGUACGGCACGAAGUGUUCCGGGUGCGAGUUGGGCAUCCCGCCUACGCAGGUCGUCCGGAGGGCGCAGGAGCAUGUCUAUCACCUGCAGUGCUUCUGCUGCGCCAUGUGCGCCAGACAACUCAACACCGGGGACGAAUUCUAUCUGAUGGAAGACAGAAAACUUGUGUGCAAGCCGGACUACGAGGCCGCGAAGGCCAAAGGUGAGUGUCUGUACUUAUUGGAUGGCAGUUCUUUGGAUGGGGAUCAACCAAAUAAGAGGCCCAGGACGACAAUUACGGCCAAACAGUUAGAGACCCUGAAAAGCGCCUAUAAUAAUAGCCCGAAACCAGCCAGACAUGUAAGAGAGCAGCUUUCGCAGGACACGGGCCUGGACAUGCGGGUGGUGCAAGUCUGGUUCCAAAAUCGGCGUGCCAAAGAAAAGCGACUAAAGAAGGAUGCAGGACGAACGCGCUGGUCUCAAUAUUUCCGAUCAAUGAAAGGCGGUAGCAGUGCUGGUGGUGGUUCUCCAAGACACGACAAAUUACUUGACAAAGAUGAAUUAAAAGUGGACUUGGACAGUUUUAGUCAACACGAUCUUAGCAACGACAGUUAUGGUACUGUCACUUUAGGAAUGGAAGAUGGUGCUUCGCCCCAUAGUGGUAGGGCUUCGGGUUAUUUGCACGGACCAGGCCAUACACCACCUUAUUUGGGAGCACAUUCGCCGUCAUCGCAAUUGGCUUCUGGUGGCCUUCCUUACCCCAGUUAUCAUGAUCAAAUAGUCUACACAUCACUAGCAGGUUCAAAUAUGGGUCCAGGUGGAAUGUUGCACACAGGGCGAGGCCAAAUAAGUCAAGCUGGGGCAAUUACAUCUGACCUAAGCAACGACUCUAGUACACCGAAUGGGUACCCUGAUUUUCCGCCGAGCCCGGAUUCUUGGCUUGGUGAGGGCGCGGUGACCCAUUAUUGACCCUUUAAUGCAAGUUAUAAAUCCUUAGCGCAACGAAGACAAUAAACGAG